CUUGGUGCACGUCAUAAAAAAACGGCGUGACGUUGGAGCAGAGCCACGAGGACGCCGUACGAAAUAGCAGUCAGUCGUCGUCUUGCCUUGGCUAUGUGAAUCUAUACACUAGGAAACUGCACCGUGGUAGCGGUGUAAACUACGCGCCGCUGCUCUAUGGAGUAGUCCUCGAUUUGUCGCAUCUCGUCCUGAUACUCCGCUCAGAGCUCCGAUCAGAGAGUAAUGGAGGGUCUAGCAACUCAUACAGUUUGAGGUCAAAUUUGAGCUAUUUUCAUCCCAUCCUUGCCACAACUGUAUUCAUUUGACAAAAUGGGCGAUCUCACAAAGUACCCAGGUAGCAAAAGUUCAUCGGACAAAGCAUGUGAAAAAUUAAUAAUACCAAAGGAAGAGAUUCUAGAUUAUGAGAUUCCUCCUGACACAGUCUCGUCAAGGAACUUUGAGGAUAAUGGUGCAAGUUCAUCUGGAAGCAAUUUAAGAUCAUCAUUUAUUGGCAUGGGAUUUAGACCGUCUCUUGUUGACAAAGUGAUUGAAGAAAAGGGUGAAGAUGAUGUUGACUUGAUAUUGGAGACUCUCUUUGCAUACUCAGCUCCUCAAAAAUCAAACUCUGAAUCCUCAGAUUCUCUUGAUAGUUUAUUCGAUGACAAUGGCGUAAGCAGCCCUGUAGAAAUUGCCAUCCUCAUUCAACCAAAAGAGGAGCCAGAGAUUGCCAGUGAAAUUAAUGAUGGGAAAAGAGCGUCAUUGUUGAUGAUGAACUUCUCUGUAAAUGAAGUUGAGUUUGCAAUUGAUAAGCUUGGUGAAGAUGGUCCAAUUGAUGAAUUGGUGGACUUCAUCGUGGCUGCCCAGAUAGCUGAGAGAUUUGAGAAGGAUACUGAUGAUACAAGUCGUAAUGAUGAAGAAAAAAUUGAGGAUCUCAAUAAUGAAACCUUGUUUGGGACAAUGGACAAAACUGUUCGUUUGCUGGAAAUGGGUUUCUCUGAGAAUCAGGUUUCAUGGGCAAUUGAAAAUUUUGGUUCAGAAGCACCAAUUUCGGAGCUUGCUGAUUCAAUUGUUAGGGGUCGGACACCUGAUAGGCCUGAUUGUUAUAUGUUUAAUCUUUAUGCUGCACAUAUAAAUCAUUCACAGACCAGGAAGGGUUGCAAAGAUGAUAGCAUGGGAAUGCAAGAUGUGCUUAGAAAUCCCUCGUAUGAUGUAAAAACGGAAAACGAGGAUUUUAGUGUAGAUGCUCCUCAGUCAGUGGAUAUGAAUUUAGAGGAAGCUUAUUUAGGGAAAAGACCUAAAGAGGAGUAUAUUGGUGAUUAUUCCGGUGCUGUUCCGCAGUUCAUGCACAUAAACCAUGAGGAAAAUCGUAAAGGUAAAAGGCCAAAACAAGAGUAUGUUGAUUAUUCAACCUCUUUUCUAGACCCAACAUGGGAGGAAGAAAAGAUUGAUCCUAGUCUCUCCACAAUUGGAAUGGCUAAUGAAAAUACUAGCAAGAAUGGUAAUAGAAUGGUAUGUCAAUCUCUAUAUUUCUUGUAUGGAAAUGUCAUAAGCGUAGGUCAUGAAAGUUGGGAAAGAGUUUCAUCAUUCCUUUAUGGCAUGGAGCCUGACUUUGUGAAUACUCACUUUUUCUGGGCUUUGAGUAGAAAGAACAGAUUUUACGUCGUUCCAAAGCCACCAAUGACCAUUGAAGAUGCAAUACCACAGACAAAGAAAUGGUGGCCACCAUGGGAUAUGACGAAGCAGUUGAGCCACAUCAAUUCUGAAACUACUGGAAUCUGUCAGCUGUGUGAUAGAGUUGGGAGGAUGCUCGCUGAAUUGCGUGGACAGCUCUCGUAUGAACGUCAAAAAGAAAUACUUCACCACUCCGGUCGUUAAACCAAACUGGGAGCUAUGCAGCCUGAGCAUUUGGAGCGUAUUUUAGGCUAUCCUGCUGAACAUACUCAACUAGAUGUCAGCAGUUUGACAUAAAGACUAGGGUCGCUCAGAUACUGCUUGCAGACAGAUGUAUUGGGAUAUCUUCUCUCAGUGUUGAAGUCUUUAUACCCAGGAGGCUCGACAUUAUUGUCUAUUUUUAGUGGAAUUGGGGGUGCAGAGAUUGCUCUGCACCGGCUCGGCAUUCGCUUGAGAGACGUUGUAUCUGUAGAGACAUCUGGAAUGAAAAGGAGAAUUCUGAAGAGGUGGUGGCAGAAUACUGGACAAUCUGGGGAAUUGUUGCAGAUAGAAGAUAUUCAGAGGCUAACAAGUAGCAAACUUGAAAGUUUGUUUGGGAAAUUUGGUGGUUUUGAACUCAUCAUUUGCCAGAACCCAUGCACCGGUGAUAGUGUAGCCGGCUUAGACUCCCCAUCUUUCUACGAGUUUGUUCGUGUUUUGCAACGUGUAAGAAAAAUGAAGGAAAAUAAUUUUUCUUCUCCUUUCUUUAUCAUCAUGAUAAUCUAAUUUUCAUUGUUGGACUCAGAGGCUUCGGAUUCCUUCGGAUUCACGAUAACUUAAUUUAGUUGGUAUUAGAGUUUAAUUAUCUGAACUAAUCUUAUAUUUCAGUUGAUUAUAGUAAGAGUUUAAUUAUCUCGGCUUUUAGAUUGUAUUUUAUUGCCAUGGAAAAAGCAUUGUUGUGGAGCAAUGAUUUCCAUUUUCGUUGUUGGGAUGAUGGGCAAUAAUGCCAAUGAUAAUGAUGCUGAUUGAUAGUUGGAGUA